ACGUCGUAAACAGUCAUUUUACUAAAAAAAUGGCUCCUUUUUAUUCCCAAAUUUCCCCUCCCUUCGAAACCCUAAAUUUCCCCCUAAAAUUGGUAUCCUCAAAACUUCAUUUUCACACACGCCUUUUUCAUCGGUUUACCUUGGAACCCAUACGAUCCCUUCCCCUUCCCCUUCCCCUUCCCCUUCCCCUUUCCCUUUCCCUUUCCCUUUCCCUUUGGUUUUGAAAAACCCAUGUUCCAUUUCCUUAAACUUAUCAAACAGCUUCAGCAUCCUGAUUCCAAGAUGGAAGCUUUGAAGGAAUUGGAUUUGUUUGCGGUCAAGAAUGAAAGAAACAGGAAAUACAUGGUGGAAGCUGGGGUGCCUAGAGCUAUGCUGUUGUUUAUUGUAAAUUGUUUCAAGGAAGACUGUGUUAGUGGCCUAGAGGAAGCCCUAAGUGCCCUUUUCUUAAUUCAAAUUCCAUCGGCUGAAGCAAAGUUGUUACCCAAACAAAAUGAUCAGAUUAUCAAAUCAUUGAUCUGGGUAUUAGGAUGUGAAUUCAACACCCAGGUUAUGGUUAAAUCCCAUGCGGUUUCAGCAUUGAAAUCCAUCAUUGAAACAGCAAGUUCGGUUGUACUCGAAAGAUUAGAACCCAAGUUCUUCGAGAUGAUUGUCAGAGUUUUGAAACAAUGCACAACCAAGAUCACUCAACGGGGAAUAAAUUCAGCUUUGCAUGUUCUUUUAGACGCUUGCCCUUGGGGAAGAAAUCGGCUAAUGAUGGUUGAAUCCGGAGCAGUUUUCGUGCUUAUCGAGCUUGAAUUAGGAUCACCCGAAAAGAGAACCACCAAGCUUAUUCUGGGUAUACUCUUCCAUCUAUGUUCUUGUGCUGAUGGGAGAGCAGAGUUUCUCCGCCAUAAAGGCGGCAUCGCCGUUGUCACAAAGAGGAUCAUGAGAGUUUCACCGGCGGCCGAUGAUCGAGCAGUAAUGAUACUUUCGUUGAUAAGCAAGUUCUCAGCCACCAGUUGGGUUGUUCAUGAAAUGUUGGAGGUUGGAACUGUAACAAAGCUUUGCAUGUUGCUCCAACUCGAUUGUGCAACCUAUUUGAAGGAAAAAACUAUGGAAAUACUUAGAUCACAUUCCGAUGAUUGGCUCAAGUUCCCUUGCAUCGACAAAUCUGUCUUGACCAGAAGCAUUUGGCCGUCUCGUCUACUUGUCUCUCCAAACUAUUGUUGGUAACUUGGUAUGGAGAGUGGAGACUGGAGAAUCGGAGAUGGCUCUUUAGGGCUUGGGCUAAGAUGUGGACUAAAAGGUGCUGCACUUGGCUGUUAGGGAAGAGUCUGCUUGGCAUUUGUUGAUGAGGUCUUGUGCUGGCUUUACUUUAACAGUCAAAGAGAAUGAGGACUACAUACUACAAUUCGCACCACCAUUCAACCGAUUGGAGCUUCUACAAGCACAAUCUUGCCCUGAUACGAUUACUAAUCACGUUGAACAAUCGUAGUCAUCGACAGACUUAUUUGUUAGUUUGUAAUUCAGAUAGUUCAAAUACAGGAUCAAAACAAAGAGGAUGGUUUAUAUUUUUACUAACUUUGAUUUUGCAGAUGAACAUCACACAUGAUAAAGUUCCCCCAAGUUCAGCCUUUGUUUGUAAAGGCAAACCCCCCAACUUGGUAGAUUCAUAAGUUAAAAAAUUGUCCUUUGGCAAUUAGAUUUAAAUAGCUCCCAUUUUAGUGUAUUGAUGAAACUCAUGAGAGGUAGAUGCUAUUUCUGCUGUGCUUUUCUAGAAGCAUUAUUGCUAUUAAUACAAGUUCCAAAUAUUAAACUUCAA